AUGAAGAAAAUAUACAUUAUGUCACCUUUGAGAAUUUCCAAAAUUGUUCUUGCAAUCUUGUCGUUUGUUUGGAUUUCCAACAUUUCCACCCAAGCACAAGUUCUAUUUCCCUUGAAGAAAAAAUUUGAAAUUUAUCAAUCACUUUCUUCACAGAUUGGAGAACGAGCUACAACUAAUACAUAUGACUCUAAAUUAAAAUUCAUAAAUUCACCAAGUUUUCCGAGUCGAGGAUCAUUUCCAAAUGGCUUUUUGUUUGGUGCUGGAUCUUCUGCCCUUCAGAUUGAAGGAGCGGCACACGAAGGAGGAAGAGGACUUGGUAUAUGGGAUGAUAUAAUUGAACAUAAAAAAGGUGUGUAUUUAGAUGUCGAUAAGUUUUCCAAAAAGAUUGAACAUUAUAAGCACUAUAAGAAGGAUGUGCAACUUUUAAAAAAGCUUGGAGUAAACUCUUAUAGAAUGUCCAUAUCCUGGAAUAGAAUAAUGCCAAAUGGAACCUUGAAAGGAGGUAUAAAUCAAGAAGGUGUCAACUUCUACAACAAUUUGAUCAACGAGUUGCUAAAAAAUGGUAUUGAACCUUUUGUGACUAUCAUGCACUUUGACUAUCCAUUAGCUCUUCAACAAAAACUUGGUGGUUUCUCAAAUCUCUCCAUUGUGACACAUUUCAAGGAUUUUAGUGAACUCUUAUUCAAAACAUAUGGAGAUCGGGUGAAACAUUGGACUACAAUCAACGAGGGAGAGGUCACAGCUAUAUUCCAAUACAUGCACAAUAUUGAUAAUAUAUCUGUUGAGGCAUGCCCAACUAUAGGUAGAAUAUGUAAAGAAGCAUACAUUGUACUUCAUAAUUUCCUUAUUGCCCAUGCUACAACAUCAAAUUUAUACAAAACAAAAUUUCAAGAAAUUCAAGGGGGAGAAAUUGGAAUUUCCCUUUCAUCGGGAAGUUAUUAUCCCUACAGCUCUAAACCAGAGGAUGUGGCUGCAGCUAAAAGACUAACGGAUUUCUACAGGGGAUGGGUUUUAGAGCCAGUUUUCCAUGGAGAUUAUCCAUAA